GCUCAUAAAUAACGUGAAAAUACAUUUUGUCAAGAGUUAUUUUCCUUUAACAUUUUGAAUCGAAAGUAGUUCAAUUUAAAGUGAUAUAUUCAAAAUGAAUUGUUAAAGAGUCUACAACUUGAAGUCCAUUGGAUUCUCAUCUAGUUCAUCUCUAUAUACAAGGGAUGUGGAGCAUUUAUUGUCAUACAAUUUUCCAAAUUUUUAUCAUCUGGAUUGAAAGGAUAGAGAUCACUAAACAGAAUGGCUGUGAUGUUUCCUUUUCAACACUUCGGAUGGUAUCUGCAUGUCCCACAACAGUAGAAGAGUUGCAAAAUGCCAAAACCCAAAAGAGAUGCGAUAGCCUUGCACUGAUACAGAAAUGUGUUUUACAUACAAAUUUCACAUAUCACUGCGUUAUCAACUUUUCGUUUAAUGAAACAUAUGAAGUUUGCGCGCCUGCAAUUUUUUCUCAAGGGCAUUGCCUUGAAUUUAACAAGCAUGGAAAGGUCAUUCAAGAACUUCCAGACACAGACUGUGUUAAGCUUGGUUGCCCAAAACGAUUCAGAAGUGCAGAUGUACUUAAAUAUGUCCAAUGCAGCAAUUUAGUCAAACAGAAAAUAUCUAAGACUGAUAAAUUCGUCAUCAAGGAUUCUAUUAAGAAUACAAGCACUACAGAUUUCCGGAAAUCAAAGACAACAAGAGGGAUGUACGAAUAUGUGACAUAUAUAUUGAUUGGAGUCUUGAUCAUGAUACCAAUUUCUUAUUUUCUCAUCCGAUAUAUAAGGAAAAAGAGAGGAAAUACUUCAAACGAACAAGAUCACAACGACCCUGAGCAAAUUCCUUUAGAUACAGGAAAUACUUCAAACGAACCAGAUCACAACGACCCUGAGCAAAUUCCUUUAGAUGCAGGUAACUUAACCAGUGAAGUUUCAAAUGUUCAAGAAAUGAAUAUUCAAGAGCUUGCUUUAGCCAAUCUUUCUACAGACUAUGAGUCACACAAAAGAAAGAAGAAGACUACAGAAGAAAGGAGGAUAAGAAAUUCUAGUAUAGAAAGUACUAUAAGUAAUGUGUCUGUGAAAACUGGCUAUGAUGCAGGGAGUUUUUCUUUCUAUCUGAAGAAGUACAAUCUGCAGGAGUGUAAAGAGUCAUUAUUUAACAAUGGAAUAGAUUGUGUCAGGACAUUUUUAGAUCUAGAUAGGGGGAAAAUGCAAGCCUUUGGAUUGAAGUAUGGACAGAUUCAAAAAUGUUUACUAGCAAUACAAGACAUAUCGAAAGAACGUACUUAAAUGUUUAACUGUAGCUAAGUAUAUACAGUGAGGCCUGUCUAAUCCAACAACAUUAAUACCGUAAUACCUGUCGUAUGAAAUCUUGAGAAUGGACAAUACAUGAAUGGGUCGUAUAUGUGAAGACAGAUUAGCAGAAUGUUGAUAUGUAUCUAAUGGUUUUAAAAACGUAUGCUUCAAACUGUUUGAAUAAGAACCUGUUUGUUUACGAUGUUUUAAAACAUAACAAAAAAGCAAACCCUCUUAAUAUGAUGCUGGUUUAAUAUGAUUAUUCCAGUUACAUGAUUGUUGUAACAUAAAACACAUCUCAUUAACUGUCCUUUAAUGUGGAAAACCGCUAAUUACCUAUACUGUACAUGAAGUGGCAUGCGGGACCUGUGCAUUCCAUUACAGUUGGAAAGAGAGAAGAUGGGAUAGGUAAACACUCCAAUGUAAUGCAUCACACAGCUACCUGAACCUGGUAGACUGCAUGUCAUUAUCUUGAUUAAUAAACAGCCUCAUCACAUAGAAAUAUGCAUAGUUUUGUGUAUGUUAGUUAACUGAGCAGUUUUUAAAAAAAAAUUAAUUUUGUGAGAAUUCAUUAUGCUAAACAUUUUAUUUCAUAGAUUGAAUAGAAAAUAUGCUUACAAUACCCACACAUGUACAAGAAAAAGUAAACAUACUGUGUUCAGCGUGACCUGUUGUUUGUAUGAAAAUGUAUAGAUUAUAUACGAAUUCUUCAUGAUUUUAACCCACUUACGUAUUGUGUUGAAAUAGUUUGGAAAACAAGACAUCAUAUUGCCAUUCUGUGCCAUAUAUUGGGAUAUUACUGUGUUCAGACUUAGUGAAAACCUUACAGGAGGAAAACAAAUUGCUGUUAAAAGGAUUGAAUGUGGAUAAAGUUGUUAUAUAAAUGAAUAAUGAUGAUAGUAAAAAGACUUUCAAUUUAUGUAUAUAUAACGUGGGAGAGUGAAACUUUCUCUAAAUGACUGUUAAAGGUACUUCAUUUUAGUAAAGAAAACAAGCAUUUUGCAAGUAUUGUUAGACAAUGAGUCAAGUUUGCGUAAUAUUCUGCGUGAAUUAUCUUAUGCCAGCAGUUUACGCAUUAUCAAAACAAAUAUGCACUAGAAUUUUGAAAUACAUGUAAGUCUAUAAAUAUUGUCGAAAUCCCA